AUGGUUCAAAAGAACAAACCAGUGUACCCUCCGAUUCCAAAGUCCCUGGUCGUUACCUCCAGUCCCCUCUGCUGCCCUGGUCGUUACCUCCAGUCCCCUCUGCUGCCCUGGUCGUUACCUCCAGUCCCCUCUGCUGCCCUGGUCGUUACCUCCAGUCCCCUCUGCUGCCCUGGUCGUUACCUCCAGUCCCCUCUGCUGCCCUGGUCGUUAACUCCAGUCCCCUCUGCUGCCCUGGUCGUUACCUCCAGUCCCCUCUGCUGCAUCUCUUCUGCUGCCCUGGUCGUUACCUCCAGUCCCCUCUCCUGCAUCUCCUCUGCUGCCCUGGUCGUUACCUCUAGUCCCCUCUGCUGCAUCUCUUCUGCUGCCCUGGUCGUUACCUCCAGUCCCCUCUCCUGCAUCUCUUCUGCUGCCCUGGUCGUUACCUCUAGUCCCCUCUGCUGCAUCUCUUCUGCUGCCCUGGUCAUUACCUCCAGUCCCCUCUCCUGCAUCUCCUCUGCUGCCCUGGUCGUUACCUCCAGUCCCCUCUGCUGCAUCUCCUCUGCUGCCCUGGUCGUUACCUCCAGUCCCCUCUCCUGCAUCUCCUCUGCUGCCCUGGUUGUUACCUCCAGUCCCCGCUGCUGCAUCUCUUCUGCUGCCCUGGUCGUUACCUCCAGUCCCCUCUGCUGCAUCUCCUCUGCUGCCCUGGUCUCCCCUCUGCUGCAUCUCUCCUGCUGCCCUGGUUGUUACCUCCAGUCCCCUCUCCUGCAUCUCCUCUGCUGCCCUGGUUGUUACCUCCAGUCCCCUCUCCUGCAUCUCCUCUGCUGCCCUGGUCGUUACCUACAGUCCCCUCUGCUGCAUCUCCUCUGCUGCCCUGGUCGUUACCUCCAGUCCCCUCUCCUGCAUCUCCUCUGCUGCCCUGGUCGUUACCUCCAGUCCCCUCUGCUGCCCUGGUCGUUACCUCCAGUCCCCUCUCCUGCAUCUCUUCUGCUGCCCUGGUCGUUACCUACAGUCCCCUCUGCUGCAUCUCCUCUGCUGCCCUGGUCGUUACCUCCAGUCCCCUCUGCUGCAUCUCCUCUGCUGCCCUGGUCGUUACCUCCAGUCCCCUCUCCUGCAUCUCUUCUGCUGCCCUGGUCGUUACCUCUAGUCCCCUCUGCUGCAUCUCUUCUGCUGCCCUGGUCAUUACCUCCAGUCCCCUCUCCUGCAUCUCCUCUGCUGCCCUGGUCGUUACCUCCAGUCCCCUCUCCUGCAUCUCCUCUGCUGCCCUGGUCGUUACCUCCAGUCCCCUCUCCUGCAUCUCUUCUGCUGCCCUGGUCGUUACCUCCAGUCCCCUCUCCUGCAUCUCCUCUGCUGCCCUGGUCGUUACCUCCAGUCCCCUCUCCUGCAUCUCCUCUGCUGCCCUGGUUGUUCCCUCCAGUCCCCUCUCCUGCAUCUCCUCUGCUGCCCUGGUUGUUACCUCCAGUCCCCUCUGCUGCAUCUCUUCUGCUGCCCUGGUCGUUACCUCCAGUCCCCUCUGCUGCAUCUCCUCUGCUGCCCUGGUCGUUACCUCUAGUCCCCUCUGCUGCAUCUCUUCUGCUGCCCUGGUCGUUACCUCCAGUCCCCUCUGCUGCCCUGGUCGUUACCUCCAGUCCCCUCUCCUGCAUCUCUUCUGCUGCCCUGGUCGUUACCUCCAGUCCCCUCUCCUGCAUCUCCUCUGCUGCCCUGGUUGUUACCUCCAGUCCCCUCUCCUGCAUCUCCUCUGCUGCCCUGGUCGUUACCUACAGUGCCCUCUGCUGCAUCUCCUCUGCUGCCCUGGUCGUUACCUCCAGUCCCCUCUCCUGCAUCUCCUCUGCUGCCCUGGUCGUUACCUACAGUCCCCUCUGCUGCAUCUCUUCUGCUGCCCUGGUCGUUACCUACAAUCCCCUCUCCUGCAUCUCUUCUGCUGCCCUGGUCGUUACCUCCAGUCCCCUCUGCUGCCCUGGUCGUUACCUCCAGUCCCCUCUGCUGCAUCUCUUCUGCUGCCCUGGUCGUUACCUACAGUCCCCUCUGCUGCCCUGGUCGUUACCUCCAGUCCCCUCUCCUGCAUCUCCUCUGCUGCCCUGGUCGUUACCUCCAGUCCCCUCUCCUGCAUCUCUUCUGCUGCCCUGGUCGUUACCUCCAGUCCCCUCUCCUGCAUCUCCUCUGCUGCCCUGGUCGUUACCUCCAGUCCCCUCUGCUGCCCUGGUCGUUACCUCCAGUCCCCUCUCCUGCAUCUCUUCUGCUGCCCUGGUCGUUACCUCCAGUCCCCUCUCCUGCAUUUCCUCUGCUGCCCUGGUUGUUACCUCCAGUCCCCUCUCCUGCAUCUCCUCUGCUGCCCUGGUCGUUACCUACAGUGCCCUCUGCUGCAUCUCCUCUGCUGCCCUGGUCGUUACCUCCAGUCCCCUCUCCUGCAUCUCCUCUGCUGCCCUGGUCGUUACCUACAGUCCCCUCUGCUGCAUCUCUUCUGCUGCCCUGGUCGUUACCUACAAUCCCCUCUCCUGCAUCUCUUCUGCUGCCCUGGUCGUUACCUCCAGUCCCCUCUGCUGCCCUGGUCGUUACCUCCAGUCCCCUCUGCUGCAUCUCUUCUGCUGCCCUGGUCGUUACCUACAGUCCCCUCUGCUGCCCUGGUCGUUACCUCCAGUCCCCUCUCCUGCAUCUCCUCUGCUGCCCUGGUCGUUACCUCCAGUCCCCUCUCCUGCAUCUCUUCUGCUGCCCUGGUCGUUACCUCCAGUCCCCUCUCCUGCAUCUCCUCUGCUGCCCUGGUCGUUACCUCCAGUCCCCUCUGCUGCAUCUCUUCUGCUGCCCUGGUCGUUACCUACAGUCCCCUCUCCUGCAUCUCUUCUGCUGCCCUGGUCGUUACCUCCAGUCCCCUCUCCUGCAUCUCCUCUGCUGCCCUGGUCGUUACCUCCAGUCCCCUCUCCUGCAUCUCUUCUGCUGCCCUGGUCGUUACCUACAGUCCCCUCUCCUGCAUCUCUUCUGCUGCCCUGGUCGUUACCUCCAGUCCCCUCUGCUGCAUCUCCUCCGCUGCUUCGUGUGGACUCCUGUAGGUCUUGGGGGCAUCAGUCCAGUGGAUUUUAA